AAAAUCUCAAACAAUAAUCAAAAAUAGAAAAAACUAUAUAUACACAUUAUUCAGACCCCCCAAAACCCUUCACAUUUUCAGACAGCAACUGCUCUUCCGCUCUUCGCAAAAUUCUCCGAUCAAAUUCCGAUAAUAUUAAUCAUCGGAAAAUCGAUUUUCCUUUUCCGAUCGCCGGAAAAUUAAUUAAAACUUGGUGAAUUUUUAGGGUUUUUUUUAAUGGAUCUUUCGCCAGAGACGGAAGAUUACAUUCGUGAAUCGAUCGAGUAUUCUCUUGGUCUACCCGUUUCGACACAAACGCUUCAGUUAAAGCUUAAAGCAUCGGAAGAAUCGCUUAUUCGUAUUCAGAAUCAGUAUCUUGCUCUACACGCCAAAUUGAAAGAGAAAGAUGAAACAAUUGAGCGCACCAGGGCUGAGUCAAGUAUGAAUGCAUCAGCAUUGAAGAAGUUUGUGGAGGAAAAUCAGAGAUUGGCGGUAGAGUGUUCGAAUUUGUUGGCACAGUGUAAGAGGUGGGAGAAAGAGUGUUCUUUGUAUGACCAUGACCGUGAGGCGUUAAUGGAUUUUGGGAAUGAGGCCGAUGAAAGAGCAAAGGAAGCUGAGAUUCGUGUUCAUGACUUAGAGGAAGAGGUUCGGAAGCUAUCUGAAGAACUGCAUUUCUACAAGUGUCAAUAUGAGACCCAAGUGGAUGACACAGCCAUAGAUGAUGCUUCGGUGGAACAGAAUCUGCUUGCCAAUUUGCUGGAAACUGUGAUUGAUAGAGAUGAUGCUGCAUCAACAGCUUAUGCAUUUCUGGAGGGAUAUAGUGGAAUAGAAGUUUGUCAAAGGUUGUUGACAAAGUGGAAGCGAUUGAGGCCAUCAACACAGCAGGUUAUUUCUCUGGUUGCUGAGGUUAAUACUCUACAGAAAGACAAGGAACAUUUGAGGAUAAACCUCCAUAAAGCUGAAGACGAGGUGAAUGUAUUGUUUGAACAAAACAAUGUUUUGGAGGAGGCGAAUAAAAGACUGAUAAGGCUGUACCAGAAAGAGAAACACACACCAGGUUCUGGUGGAAAACCUUCUUCUGGCAAGUGCUCACAGGGCAACAAAAGGAAAUCAAGCCCCAAGAUAAGCAGUCCAGUGGAGGGAAAACUUGAUUUCAGCGAGGUUGAUUCAUUGAGGCAGCCUUUAUCACCAUUACGGGAAAACUCGCCUGAAUAUAGAAUAUGCAAGAAGCAGCAGGAGAAGCUCCCUCUCCCCUUUCCCUGACCAGCUGCAAUUUCUGUUAGUCAUUUCAGGCAAUUCUUGCAUUUGAAUGGGUUGUUACAAAUCUUGGUAACUGUAAAAAGCAACAUCUACAUUCUCAUCUUCCCCAAAUUGCCUUGAAGAAUUUGGUUGUUUUUCGUUGUUGUAAGGAAAUUACUGUUAAUCUGCUACCAAUUUAGUCCUAGUGAGCGCAUUAUGGGUGAUAUAUUUUGCUUGUGUUAUAUUGCAACGUAGGGAAGUUUUUGUUA